AUGACGACUGUCCUUGUGGCAGUAAUCCUAUCUAACGCGCCAUACUGUCAAGGCGAUAAUGAUGAUCAUCCUCGAGGACAUUUCGACCGCCUUGGUAGCCACAUUGAUUCUGAUGGUCAUGUCGAAAUAUACGAUGAAAUCCCAACAGCCCAAAAGUUUUGGGAAAAGCAUGUUCGACAUAGGUUACCAGCCGUAUUUCGUGGCGCAGCUAAAAAUUUUGAAGCUUUCAACUUGUGGACAGAUGACUAUUUAAGGAAAAAUUAUGGUGACCUCGAAGUAAAACUAGAAGCAAAAGCAGAAAAAAAAAAUGUACCUAUUGGAACUAAAGGCAAAGGAAGGGAUACCAUUGCCGAUUUCUUGGACAGCUAUGUCAAGAAAGAUUCUUAUAUCGUCUCACAAUUGCCUGAUCCGAUGUCUCCUGAAAUCGGUGUUUUACCUUGUAUAACCUGUGGUUCUUUUAAAAAUCGCAUCUUGGAAGCUAAUUUAUGGCUCAGUAGUGGUGGUACUAAAUCUCUCCUACAUAAAGAUGCAGACAACGCUAUUAAUUGCCUCCUGAAUGGAACCAAAGAUUGGCUUUUAAUCCACCCUAAAUACGAAAAAUUCAUUCCAAUGGCCAAAGAAGCCAAAUCAGAAGUUGGCGGAUUCUCCACUAUUAACGUGGAUAAAGUCAAUAUUAAAAAAUAUCCCAACUUUAAGAAAGUCCAUUACAACCAUGCUAAUCUAUCACCAGGAGAUUGUUUAUACUUGCCUUAUGCUUAUUUGCAUCAAGUUCGAUCUUAUGGCUCGAAAAAUAUGGCUGUUUCUGUACUCCUUGCAGCCGGACUCACUCACGAAAAGACUUUUAAUAAUGAGGAUUGUGAAUCCAAAGACUACAAAGUUUUUCCAAAACUGACUGAAGUCAACAUGGUGUGGACUUAUCCAGGACAUGGUCCACAAACACUAGGUAGCAUGGAUCCAAUGGAACUGAGGUAA